CGCGUCAUCUGUCGUGAACUGCGCAGCUCCCGCUCCUCCUCUCCACUCACAACAUCCCACGUCUUGUCUGUGUAACCCGCUACGUGAAGCUUGCAUUUCAGUGCGAGUCAUUGCCUGUGGGCCUGCGUGUCUUCAUCUCUUAUCAUCGUGUACAUAUACCCAGCCGCGCAGUUGUCCUCUGCCACGGCAUACCCCGCCGGCGGCACCUUGGACCUCGUCCUCUUCUCGCGAGUCCUAUCGUACCUGACGCCGCGCUGCUGCGGUCAUGAACUACGCAUCAUGGAUCGAAGAAAAGAACCUCAAGAAAACCUUCAUCUGCGCGACCCUUGCGUCGACGCUGGUGGGUACCUUCACCGCCUCCAUGGGGCUGUGGGAGCGCGUGCAUGAUCGCCGCGAGGCCCACAAGCAGAAGAAGAGAGACACGGACCAGGAUGAUAAGAUCAAGAAGCUGCACGAACAGUUCGAGGAGGCGCAGAAGAAGGCCGAGAAGCGUCAGGAGGAGAUUGACCGCCUGAAAGACGGGGGCGGUGACCGAGGGGGAGGUGGCAGACGAGGCGGCUCCCGCGACGACUACCGCGGCGACUACCGCGACGACUACCGUGACGACGUGGGUGAGAAUCUGGGCCGCAACGGCAUGAUGGUGCAGCGCAUGUAUGACGACAUGUACGGGCGGUAUGGCAGUCGAUUUGCCCGGGGCGACGCCAUCACCGAGAACCAACUGCAAGCGCAGAUCAUUGCCCUCCAGCAAACCGUCAUAACCGUGCUGCAAGACGCCCUCGCCAACGACCGCCAGCUUACCCGCGGCGACAUGGCGAAGCUCGUCGCGGCCUCCAACUCGGCACGCGAAGGCAGCCUGAGAGCGCUGCAAGACCAACAAGCCCGCCUCUCCCCGCCGCGCUCGCCCUCGCCGUCCCGCUCCCUCGCCGCCCCGAAACGCACCUCGACCGCGGUCAUCGCGCUACAGGCCCAGGAAUCGCUGUACUGCAGAUACAGCCUGGACCUGCAGCACGCGCCCGCCAAGCCGCUCGCAGCUAGCAUGGCGCCCGGCGGGAGCUGCGAGUGCCCGGCCUGCGGCGUGCGGCUCGACGUGACGGGGGAGGAUUUCUGGAUGAUUGGGAAGCGCACGCCGCUCACCGUCGUCGACGGCGGGUAUGCGUCGUCGGUGCUGGAGACGCGCGAGUUCCGCCUCGGACAGCGGUUUGCUGUCAAGUGCCACACGCCGGACGGCGAGUAUGCCUGUAUCAUCUGCGCGCGCGAGAGGGACGUCGAUGCUAUCUGCAGGAACGUGGAGAGUCUGGUCAAGCACGUGGGCACCUUCCAUGACGUCGAUGAACUGGAGCGCGACGUCGACCUCAGGGAGACGCUGCUCGUGGAUAAGAAGCGUUUGAGUCUUCCUGCGCCGCCCAGGGAGGGGAGUCCGCUGGUCAGGGAGAGGGACGUGGUGGAUAUGAGGGGGUAUCGAUGAUCCCGGCCGUCUCACUGUGUGCGAUCUUUAGUGCGCAUAGCGUG